AUGGUGCUGAGGCUCAGUCACAGUCUUGUUCGGGUGCAAUCAGGUGGAUAUGCUCAAGCUUUGUGCGGAAAGCUCGAUGAUCCGGCAGCUCGCGACUGGGAGGAUCGCUCAGCCGAGGGCUGGUACUGGUCGAACAAAGAGGAGGGUCCGGUGGCAACCUGUCCUUCUCCGAAGGUCCUGGUUGGGUGCUGGUGCCAGUCGCUGAGCAGUUCCGAGAAGGAGUGCGCUCGUCUCUGGACGGAUGGUAACAGCUGCCGUGCCAGAACGGGCCCCGGGAGAGUUAAUACAGUUCGUCCCAGAAUCAAGAUCUUCGCCCGCUGCGCGGACGUCCGGUCAUCUUCUCUCAUUCUCGCUGGCAUCAACCUGACGCGGGUCGUGUCCAGCAAUCUUCUCCAGGAUGUGCCUGCGAAGACCGACUCUGUGGCAAUGUCAAAGUCCUUUCGUUACGUGCACUUGUUCCAGCAGUGUGAUGCCCUGCUGCUCAUGGGUGGGAUUGGGGUGGAGCACUGUGCUCGGCCCGCUUACCGCGAGCCUGGCUCCCAUGUCUGGCGCGGAAAGCGGCCCCUGCCCUCCAGCUUCCUGCAUGGCACGGAGCUGAACGUCGCUUGUUGGCAGGAGCGCUAUCAGUCCUUCCGCGCAGGCUACCGCCAUGCUACCGAGACUCUGCACUGUGUGAACGGAGACUGGUACAACUCCUUGCAGCUUCCUGAACUGACAGCCUUCUCUUGUGAGCCAUGCGUUCUCGUCGCUGGGAAAGGUUACACCAACUACGCGAAGAGGAAUCAGCAAGAACUCUAUUACUUCAGCCGGAUGGCAUUGCGCGUGUACACUGAGUUGGGUUCUCUGGCAGCCACGCAUGGUGCCGCGCAGACGUACUGCCUCAUGAAGGGCUCCGGUGGCACCUCAGCAGGUGGCAACAUGACGCUUAUGGCCGCAUCCAGUUGUCCCGAAAUCCUGGCCAUGCAAGUUGUGGGCUCGGCCGAAGUCGAGGACCGCAUGAUGGCUCUGCUGGACUUUGGCAUCCCGGACUCCGGCUUCUGCCUCGAAGCGGUGCCUGGGAGCGAUGGUGUCAGCCCCAGCCUGGCCUACAAGAAAUGUGAUCUGGAGAACGCGCAGCAGCUCAUUUCGCCAAUGGCCGUACCUGGUGUUAUGUGGGAUAUGCACAAGGAAUCGGACCGCACUCUGGGUGAGGAUUUCCACAAGGCCUACGGCUCCUACUGCGGAGCCCAUGGAGCCUUGGCCUCGCUGGCCUUCGGCCAGGUCUUCGGAGGAGACACCUCGCUGUCGUCCACGUGCCAGUUCGCGCCAGUGAUCAAGUUCGGAGAAUGGAUGGACACGGCGAUCACCUACGACAAGCGAUCUUCGGACUGGCCUGAAUGGAACACGCUCUUGGCCGACUUCCCGGUACUAUGUGCAGAUGGAGAAGCUCUCACGGGCUUCAAGCUUCUGCCUGCACGCAACAUCUUCCGGUUCGAGUGCAGCCGCAUCGGUGGGCUGGGACAGACCUUCGAGUACUUCAGUGCCCAAGUGGAGGUGAAGAAGUUUGACCAGAGGAAAUCAAAUUGGAUAAAUGCACUGCGGAUGAUCAAGGUGGAUUGUGGUGCCGAUGCCUUGCUCAGCGGCUUCCACUUCGAGUUCUCCGAGGGUGGACGCUGGGCCCGCUCUAAGUACACUUGUGCAAAAGCCGGCGGCGCCCCUGUUGUCAUGGAGCCCUCCACGACCAUCGAAAGCAUGACGCAAGCUCCGGAAG